GCAGACCUUCUUUGACACUACCACCAGCUUCUCACUGGCAGCACUGCACUCAGGUCAUCCUGACGCUUCUGGAUUUGGAUUUGAAGGUAUGAGGGUGUGACAGCUGUCGGUCAGACGAACACAGACACCAUCAGCAUCUGUCAGUGUCUGCAGGUGAAGGUAGAAAGUCUCUCUGACCUCAUCUGGACGGGACUUUAACAGGUAAAAUUACUGCCUGACUUUAACAGGGAGACACGAUGACGGCAAAGGACCUUUUGAAGACUCUGGAGGAUUUAAGUGAUGAAGAAUUCACAAAGUUCAAAUGGUAUCUAAAGCAGCCUGACAUCCUGGAAGAAUGGAAGGGAACCAUCAAAGUGUUUAAGCUGAAAAAGGCAGAAAGGCAGGACACUGUGGAUCUAAUGGUGAACGCCUAUAAUCUUCAUGGAGCUCUGAAGGUGACCAAGAAGGUCUUAGAGGAAAUACCCAGGAACGACCUGCUGCAGAAACUGCCAAAAACCAGCUCAGGACCAGAAGGAAAUCCCGAUGCAGAUUGUCAGCGUGAACUUAAAUCUAAGUUGGAGAAGAAGUUCCAGUGUGUGUUUGAGGGGAUUGCUAAAGCAGGAAACCCAACCCUUCUGAACCAGAUCUACACAGAGCUCUACAUCACAGAGGGAGGGACUGCAGAGGUCAAUUAUGAACAUGAGGUCAGACAGAUUGAAACAGCAUCCAGGAAACCAGACAGACCAGAAACAACCAUCAGACAAGAAGACAUCUUUAAAGCCUCACCUGGAAGAGAUGAACCAAUCAGAACAGUGAUGACAAAGGGAGUGGCUGGCAUUGGGAAAACAGUCUUAACACAGAAGUUCACUCUGGACUGGGCUGAAGACAAAGCCAACCAGGACAUACAGUUCACAUUUCCAUUCACUUUCAGAGAGCUGAAUGUGCUGAAAGAGGAAAAGUACAGCUUGGUGGAACUUGUUCAUCACUUCUUUCCUGAAACAAAAGAAGCAGGAAUCUACAACUUUGAAGAGUUCCAGGUUGUGUUCAUCUUUGACGGUCUGGAUGAGUGUCGACUUCCUCUGGACUUCCACAACAAUGAGGUCCUGACUGAUGUUACAGAGUCCACCUCAGUGGAUGUGCUGCUGACAAACCUCAUCAGGGGGAAGCUGCUUCCCUCCGCUCGCCUCUGGAUAACCACACGACCUGCAGUAGCCAAUCAGAUCCCUUCUGAGUUUGUUGACAUGGUGACAGAGAUCAGAGGGUUCACUGACCCACAGAAGGAGGAGUACUUCAGGAAGAGGUUCAGAGAUGAGGAGCAGGCCAGCAGAAUCAUCUCCCACAUCAAGACAUCACGAAGCCUCCACAUCAUGUGCCACAUCCCAGUCUUCUGCUGGAUCACUGCUACAGUUCUGGAGGAGGUGUUGAAGACCAGAGAGGGAGGAGAGCUGCCCAAGACCCUGACUGAGAUGUACAUCCACUUCCUGGUGGUUCAGACAAAAGUGAAGAACGUCAAGUAUGAUGGAGGCUCUGAGACAGAUCCACACUGGAGUCCAGAGAGCAGGAAGAUGAUUGAGUCUCUGGGAAAACUGGCUUUUGAGCAGCUGCAGAAAGGCAACCUGAUCUUCUAUGAAUCAGACCUGACAGAGUGUGGCAUCGAUAUCAGAGCAGCCUCAGUGUACUCAGGAGUGUUCACACAGAUC